AUGGCCGAGGAGAAAACGGUUCUCGUAACGGGCGGAUCUGGCUUUAUCGCGCUGCAUGUUAUCCACAAGCUUCUCGAGAAGAACUACAGGGUACGCACUACUGUUCGUUCCCUCCAGCGCAGCGACGACGUACGCGCCGCCAUUCGUUCCGCAGGCGUUCCCGACGUCCAGGUAAACGCCAUUGAGUUUACCGAAGUCGACCUUCUCGGCGAGCGAGGCUGGGAUGUGGCCUGUGCGGGCGUUGAUUAUGUUUUGCAUGUUGCGUCGCCGUUUCCCGCCGACGAACCAAAAGACGAGAACGACCUGAUCAAGCCCGCGCGUGAGGGCACGCUUCGGGCGCUGCGUGCCGCGAGAGAAGCCGGCACCGUAAAGCGCGUCGUUGUGACAUCAUCAACUGCCUCCGUCAUGUACGGCCACGGCCCGCGCAGCAAAGGUGACCCGUUCACGGAGAAGGACUGGACGGAGCUGGAGAACCCCAAAUCGCACGUUGGCGCGUACGCAAAGAGCAAGACGCUCGCGGAGCGCGCAGCCUGGGACUGGGUUGCGAACGAAGGUAAAGGCAGCGUUGAGUUGGCGACUGUGAACCCCACCUUGGUGUACGGACCUUCUCUCGGCAAGGGCGUCAACACCAGUCUCGAAAUCCCACGACGUCUGCUAUCUGGGGAGUUGCCCGCCAUUCCGAACCUGAAUCUCGGUGUCGUCGACGUCCGCGACGUGGCCGACUUGCAUGUGCUAGCUCUCGAAUCUCCUAAAGCAGCUGGCCAGCGCUACAUUGCUAUUUCGGACGAGCAGAUUGUUUCUAUGAAGCAGAUGGCUGCGGAUCUCAAGCAGGGCCUGCCAGCAGAAGAUUCAAAAAAGGUCCCGAGCCUCGUCGCGCCGAAUAUCUUACUUAAAUUGGCAAGCUUCUUCGACAAGGCUAUCGCUACUGUCGUGCCGCAGCUUGGUGUUGAGCGGCCCUUGUCGAAUGCAAAGGCGCGGGAGGAGUUGGGAUGGCGGCCUAGGAGUGCAACGGAGGCGCUGAUAGCCAGCGCCAAGAGCCUGAAAGCGAACGGACAGCUCUAA